UCUUGGCCAUUUCCUCUAUUUCGAAGAAAUGGCCGCCUCCAUGAGUCAACUCGUACAAGCAAAACAGAGGAUUGCCGAAGCUCUCGGAGACAAAUUUAAGGCGUAUCUCAACGCAUUGAAGCUGUGGUUCAACCAUAAACUUACGAAGGACGAGUUCGACAUCGAAGCCAGAAAGAUCCUCAGCUCCGACGCAAUACACAUACACAACGAGUUCCUUCUGGCAUUGUUCAACAAGUGCCAAAGCGCGUGCAACACCCAAUCUCGAGAAACACCGUCAGCUGUCAGCUCUCACAUCCGAGAAAAGUUGAGAAAGGGAAAGCUGAAAGCCAAGACAAGACCAGUGCGGAUAACGUUUGAGAAACGUUUUGUGCCUGCACAGUCUACCAAGCACAUUCCCCAUGCUGUAGCGAGGGAAGUUCCAGACAGUGGCCAGAAGCUCAGUUUCUGCUCGCGCGAGCACACGCUUCCCGAUGCUCUCAUGGUGAACGGACGGAUGUUCGUUAUAGCGUGGGACAGCGGGCUGGACGCAGUGGACGACGCGGCCGUACAGCUCGUCAUGACCGCAGUUCAGAUGCAGGUAAAAAAUAUCCUAAUGGCAUUGUUUAGCCGGAGGAACGCGUACAAGAUUAGAGAAGGGCGGUUCCAGUACGCUGUUGGCUGUGCUCCCCCGAACCCCUACCUCCAAAAUUCCAAGAAUGUGUCCAAUUUCACGUCUCAGAGUCACGCCACUUGGGUGUCUGCGACUGGGGAACAUGUUCCUUACAUCGUGCCUACGGUAGACUGGGCUGAGAGCGAGGCAGCACUUGAAGCCGCGUGUGAUCCAGUGCCACGCCCUCGUCUUCCCCCAGCAUCGCCUUUCGACCUCGUCGAAGCUCUUAAGGUCCACAAAGGCAUUAUCCCAUCACAUACGGUGUAUGCCAAGAACAUGGAGAGGGCACUCGCCACACUGUGGCAUCCCAGUCACGAAGAACUGGAACAGGAGGACAUCCACUCGCAAGAAGAAGCCAUCAAACGCAAGCUUAUAGCUGAACAACAGGCUGUGAUGUGGUGAUGUACAUUAUUGUAUAUAAUUUUUAUGUAAAUAGACGAAGGACCUUUU